AUGAGAAACGUCGACAUCGCGGUGCGGGCUGCCCGCGAGGCCUUCGAAGGACACUGGACCAAGGCCGCUCCUUCCGAGCGUGGUAGGAUGCUGGCCAAGCUCGCUAAUCUCUUUGGGCGUGAUGUCGAUAUCGUCGCUGCUAUCGAAUCUUUGGAUAACGGCAAAGCUUUGACAAUGGCACAGGGGGACGUUACAAAUGCGGCUUUCGCUACUAUGGAGGCUGGGUGGAUAAGAUCUGUGGCCAAACGAUCGAUACAAACCCAGAGUCUCUUGUUUACACCCGGCAUGAAGCUAUCGGUGUUUGCGGCCAAAUUAUUCCUUGGAAUUUCCCUAUCCUGA